AUGGCCAGAAACAAGAUCAUGCCCAGAAAUCUGCACACAGGCAAGAAUAGCACUAUCAAACAGUUUGACAUCCUGCGGAAAUCAUGUCCUGGUGAAGACUCCAGUGUCCAAGAACUUUGUCCAGGUGCCUGCAAUAUCCGGGGUUACAGAAUGAAAAACAUGGAAGCAGUAACAUACAGGAACACAGUGGAAGAGAUGGCGCUCCCAAAGAUGCGAAUCACAAGGAUGCGGCAUUGA